AUGGCGAGCACUUUAAACGAGUUAUUCGAAAAGAUUAUUAAUAAAGGAAGCCAAAAUAUAGACAUACUUGAUUACAAUUUAUUUGGCAGUUUUCAAAAAAUUAGUAAUAGUCCAUUUGGGACUGUACGCUCCGCAAAAUGGAAAAAUUCGAUUAUUGUUCUUAAAAGUUUAAACAUUGAAACUGAUGAAAUUAUUAAUAAUGGAAGUAUAGUGGAAAUCACCAAAAUUAUUAACAAUAUAACUAAUCCCAAUGAUAUUACCGAUAAAACUAUUAACAAUGAAGCUAAAAAUCAAAAAAUAAUUAGAGCAUUCAUUAAUGAGCUUCAGAAUCUUGUUGAUAUUGGCAAAUAUAAACAUCCUAACAUCGUCCAAUUCUAUGGGAUUACAAAAGAUCUUCGACUUUCUUUAACUGAUGAUAAAAAUUUUUCUCAUAAAAAUUGGAUUGAAAGUAAAAUCAAUGAAGGGAUGAUUACCGAAUAUAAAUUUGAUAAAUUCAUUGAAUUUAAAUUAAUUGGCAAUGGAAAUUUUAGCAUAGUUUAUAAAGCAAUGUUAAAAAAUACGAAUAAUACGAAUAAUAUGUAUGCGUUAAAAAUAAUUCAUAAAAAUGAACAUACAGACAAAGAAGUUGUGAAUGAAAUAAAGCAUAUAAUUACUGUGGGAUUUCAUGAGAACAUUAUUAAGUUUUAUGGUGUUUCUAAAUAUAAGGAUCAAAUGGAUCCAAAUGUUGUUAAAAGUCACCCAAAUAAUGUACUUGUUCAUCAACAAUCUUUAAAAUUGGCUGAUUUUGGAUUAUCUAAACGAAUUGCUGAAUUCUCGCAAUCUAGAACUACGAGUGAAAUUUUCGGUGUUAUACCAUAUAUUGAUCCUCAAUGUUUUUUAGUAAAAAAUAGUCAAAAUGGAGAAUACAAAAGAUAUAAAAAAAAUAAGAAAUCGGAUAUUUAUAGCGUAGGAGUUAUAUUAUGGGAAAUAUCAAGUGAAAAAAUUCCUUUCAAGAAUGAUACAGACACAGCUACCCUCCCAUUUAGGAUAAGAAACGGACUAAGAGAGGAUCCAAUUCCUAAUACACAUCAUAAAUAUGUUACUAUUUACAAGAGGUGUUGGCGGGGAAUGCAAGAUUUUCGACCAUCUAUCCAAGAAGUAGCGAUGGAAUUAAAAGACAUUAUCGUUCAAGAUAAUGAUGUUCAAGACAAUAAUAUUCAAGACGAUGCAGGUUUUAAUGUCUCUGAUAUUGAUAGUAUUACAAAGUACCUUGAUGCAGUUUUUAAAAUUCAGGAUACAACUGACAAUCCAGGCGAACAAGAAACUCAAGAAACUCAAAUAAUAAUUCAAGUAACUCAAGAAACUCAAAUAACUAAUGCCCCGGAAGAUGACAUGACUCUUUUUGUUAAUAAAUUAUAUUCGACUUUUAGCAAACAAUUUAACGAAGGUAGAUCUGUAAGUGAUAUACUUAUCAAUUUCAUAUCUAACGAAGGUGAAGGUAAAACCAACAUGGAGGUUUUUUAUUGGUUAUCAAUUCAUGACGAUAAUCCAAAGUAUAUUUGUCUACUUGGAUUAUUUUAUAGUUGGGAAAUUGGUACCAAAAAUGAAAACGUUGAUGUAUUUAAUCUAUUUCUUAAGGCAGCAAAUUUAAACGAUGUUAUUGCUCAAUAUUUUGUUGGACGAUGUUAUGAAACUGGUUGGAACAUUAAAAAAAAUAUGAAGCAUGCGAUUGAAUGGUAUACCAAGGCGAGUAAAGCUGGAUGUGCAAUCGCGGAAUGUAUGCUUGGUGAAUAUUGUUAUAAACUUAAUAAAUAUGAACAAGCAUUUAAUUUGCUUAAAAGUGCGGCUGAUAAAGGAAAUGCACUAGCAAUGAAUACAUUAGGAAUAUGUUACCAAAAAGGUUACGGAACGAAAGUUAAUAGUAUAGAAGGGUUUAAAUCAUUUGAAAAAGCGGCCGAAAUGGGUCUAACUGCUUCACAGUAUGAACUUGGUGAUUGUUACGAGUACGGUAAUGGGACAAAAAUAGAUUUAAAGAAGUCAUUAUAUUGGUAUCAAAAGGCUUUAGAAAAAAAUCCUAACUACUGGAGUCAUGUAAGGCGUGUCGAAAAUAGAAUUAAACAAUUAAAAUAA